ACUUUGGCUGAACCUAGGAAUUUCACUAGUACUGCUCUGAUGAUAGUACCUUCAGGUUCCAAUUCGGAAUACGAGUCCUUAUGAUUUCACAUGUUUUUGCUGAACUUGUAAAAGAGGCACUUGGAUGAUGGAUUAACAGGAACACUGAGAUUCUGUGAAAAGUUUCAAAUCGGAGAGUAUUCAAUUUUCACCCUAGUCCGGCAGCUGUGCUGCUCACUUAAAUACAGAUGAAUGAAGACCCCAUUCGGGAAGACACCUGGCCAGCGGUCCAGAGCGGAUGCAGGCCAUGCUGGUGUGUCUGCAAGCAUGAUGAAGAAAAGGACUUCCCACAAAAAACAUCGGAGCAGUGUGGGGCCGAGCAAACCUGUUUCCCAGCCCCGGCGGAACAUCGUAGGCUGCAGGAUUCAGCAUGGGUGGAAGGAGGGGAGUGGCCCUGUCACCCAGUGGAAAGGAACCGUUCUGGACCAGGUGCCUGUAAAUCCUUCUUUGUAUCUUAUAAAAUACGAUGGAUUUGACUGUGUUUAUGGACUAGAACUUAAUAAAGAUGAAAGAGUUUCUGCGCUCGAAGUCCUCCCUGAUAGAGUUGCGACCUCUCGAAUCAGCGAUGCACACCUGGCCGACACGAUGAUCGGCAAGGCGGUAGAGCACAUGUUUGAGACGGAGGACGGCUCCAAGGACGAGUGGAGGGGCAUGGUCCUAGCACGCGCCCCCAUCAUGAACACGUGGUUCUACAUCACCUACGAGAAGGACCCUGUCUUGUACAUGUACCAGCUCUUAGAUGAUUAUAAAGAAGGCGACCUUCGCAUUAUGCCCGAUUCUAAUGAUUCUCCUCCAGCAGAAAGGGAACCGGGAGAAGUUGUGGACAGCCUGGUAGGCAAACAGGUGGAGUAUGCCAAAGAGGACGGCUCUAAAAGGACUGGCAUGGUCAUUCAUCAAGUGGAGGCCAAACCGUCUGUCUAUUUCAUCAAGUUUGAUGACGAUUUCCAUAUUUAUGUCUACGAUUUGGUGAAAACAUCCUAGAUGUCAUCAUGAACUUGGCCAAAUUUGUGGAACUAUUAAAUGUAUAAUUUGUAGACAUAAAGACUUGAUUGCUUUCCAGUUUAAUGAAAGCUUAAAUGUCCCUGCGAACCCACAAUCUCUGCCAGCAGAACUGGUUUUGUUCUGAAUAGUACAGAUUUAUGUGAACACAAAGCAUUUUGUGUAAGGAACUCCUUCCUCUUAUGAGAAGUCUCUGUGUCUGGAGGGGAGUUAGGGCAAGUUUGGUAAAGUUAAGCUAGCGUUGCGGUCGUGUAGACUGGGCUGGAUCGCCCCCAGCUCCCCGGCACUGUAGUUCUCCCCGUCUGCUGCCACACUGCAAGCUUAGCCUGGUACUGUUGGUACCGCCUUCUUUGUUGAGACGUAUGCACCUCGCUCUCCCUGUCCACAUCUGUGUGUGUCCAUAAGCACCACACACACACACACACACACACACACGCGCACAUGCACGCACGCACACACACUUCCUUGGCAGUCCGUUCUCUGUGGAUUGGGGCGGGGGUUCAGUAAUACUCUCCAGUUAACAGGAGUGCUUGUCCUGAGUCAGUCCAAUUUCGUAUAUUACUGCUGUUUAUUUAAAAGUAAAUGUGGGCACAGGAGACACAUAAGGACAUUCGGCGUGUUUUGGAAGUCAGAAGUUCAGACACCUUUUUAGUCUGGAGUCUUUAAACCAUGAGUCCAAAUAGGAAUCAUUUGUGAACAGUUGCUGGACCCACAUUAGAAUUUAACAAAACAGGAAUCUGGGUAAAAAGCUGCCUUUAAUUUCUAAGCUUUGUAAAUUUUUGUUUACAUUUUUUAUCCUAAGUACUUUUUUUGUUUUAAAGCAAAGCCCAGGCACUUGGUCCACACGGUGUGAUGCCGGUGUGUUUUGGACGGCACAGCUGGUCCAUUAAUUUGUACGCUCGGCAGCCUGGAUUCUAGUGCGUGGAUUUGAGAGGUUAACAGUGCAUCAGUGGUUUAUGUGUAUGUGGUAAGUUCCUGGCAGAGCCUAGUGCUUUGAUAUUAGAAAUACAAGUUUGGGAGUGGCGUUGCUGCCUUCUGGCAAGUUCUCUGGGACACUUUUAUUUUUAUUACUGUUCUUACUGAUACAUGGUUGUGGUCAGAAGGCUUUUCCCCGCAGAGGAUAUCUAGACACAUAACAGCCUGCAUCCCCUGACACCUUCUGUGGUGCUGGGCGGUCUCGGCUCCCCGUGUGCUGCUGAUGUGGACUCUUCCGUCAUUGCGCUAGCUUCUGGGUGUGACUGUGGCCCUUGGCCACACAGCCCUUUCGUGGCUUGCUCCUGCGAGGUUGUUUUGACCAAAAUAGAACUAUAGAUGUGGUUGGGGUGGUGGCGACACGGCCAUCUGUCACUUUGUUUUGGAUGAGCCCUGAUGGUUUGAAAGCCAGGAGAGAGGCAGUAUGGGAAUCCAGUCUCUUGUGGAGGUUGGAAAGCUUGCCUCAGUGUUGGGCAGCAGGCUGAAUGCACACGUUGUCAGCCAACUACCAGCAGUCCGUGUGGCCUCUGUCGUGGCUGUUCUCAGUAUUGGAGAUUCUGUCGUUGGUGACCUCGCUGCGCAUGGUCCGCGUUGGUGGCCCGCUUUGCCUUCCGGAAGGCUGUGCAUUGUCAUGCUCUUGGGCGGUGACCUCGCGCUCAAGAAGUGCAGCGCCUCACCUCGGGCAGCAGGGGGAGCUUGUCCGGCUCUGCGCUUCUCUCUGCGGUGAGUGCCUGGUCUCACGCUCCUCCUGCUUGAACAGGCGUCGUGCAGCACGUCUGUCUGGCUCUGGUCAGAGUCCCUGCAUGCCAGUCUCCAGGCUGAGCCCGGCUCCCCGAGCGCAGGCGGGAUGCGUGUGCCCUGAGAGUGGGGGUGUCUGGCGUGUGCACUGUGCGAACGUGGCGCAGUGGCUUUGGACUGAAAACCAGUGUUCUUUGGAAGUAUCCUGAGGGUUGGGUCAGUGGAAACCUUUCCAGCCUCACUUAAUGACUUGCAUUGUGGCUUUCCUGCGAGCACCUGUUGCACCUUCAAUACCACAUGGUCUGCCACUCUCCAGACGAAUGUGACACGUCAUGAUCACCGUUAGUUUCAUCAUUGUUCCAUUUGUUGCUUUAGGAAAAGGAAGGGGAAGGGGAAGGGGCUUUUUGUUGUUUUCCUUUUUUCCCCUGGUCUCUUUUCUUUUGGUGGCUUAACCCACACUUGCUCGGUGACUGAUUCCACUCCCUCGCCCGGUACUUCAGGCUUCGUUCUAGGCUCACGUUUCAGAUCUGCAUGCAUUGCUUGCCUUUUCCUGGUAUCAGAAUGUUGGUUCCUCGUUCGAGGAGCCCAACAUGAGUUUCCAAAAUUAUCGUGGGACUUGUGAGUGCACAAGCCCUGAACCUGUAUAAAAUGUCCCGGCCUUCCUCACUGACCUGCUAUCGUGUUCCCGUGUCGUGUGCGUGUGACGUCCGGCUGCCACGUGAAGCUUCCGAGGAGAACCUUAAACGCAGACCAUCCUUUUUUGCAUGCUCUAUUCUAAGUAGGAUGUUCAAUGUAACUAACUGAACUUGCAUGUGAAAGAUAUUUAGGUUUUUUGUUUUCUUUGUUUUUAUUUGUUUUCAGUUCUCUGUAUAUUGCUUCCUGUGCCGUUGUAGUGGUGGUAGGAUGAAAAUGCGCUGGUGGCACCACGCAGUGCCGGCAGAGGGUGGUUCCCCAGCUCUGUCUGUCGUGCAGCAUUUGAAGGGACUGUGCAUGCUCGAAGCGCUCGCAGUCACCUCUAAGCCAGAGUUCAUUCCUAUUCCUCUUUUACGUGCCAAACCCUGAAGUGCAUUGGGCUCGAAUCUCUGAGCGCUCUGGACCCAUUAGAAGACUGUUCUGAUUGUCACAAAUUGUAGUGCCUGAAAACAUGCGUAAGCUGAUUGUCUUAAAAAAAAAAAAAAGAAAGAAAGAAAGAAAGUUCUCCAAAGACAAAACAGGAACAAUUAUUAUAACAAAUAAUUAUGGUCGAAAUGUCUGUGGUUCCUUGGAAAUGCUGCGCUUUUUGUAUUUCCACCAUUAGUGCGGUGUGAGCGGAUGUGUAUAGUUCAGAGGUCUUCGUGUUCGCAUCUUACAAUUAGGUAAAUGACCUCAUCUUUCAGGCUUGAAUUCAUUUUUAAUUUUAAUUUUAUUUUAUACAAUGUGUAGACCGUUCCCUGUUCUCUGCAUUUAGAAGUAUAAACAAUAUAAAUCUGUUAAUUCUGUAAGUAAUUUUUAUAAUUAUGAUGUAACUCUAUCCUAUCCUUAAAACAUUUAAAAUAAACCCUUUAUGUGCAA